UCUGCCAGAGACGGAAGAGCAAGCGAGACACCCCAGUCCUAGAUGGUUUUAUUUAUUUAUUUAUUUUCUGGUUCAAUAAAAGUCAAUAUGAACUAAGUAGACCCGACCCAGCGGAUAUUGCAUUGGUGUCUAUGAGAGACACACCCAGUUAAGAAGACCGGAACUGACUUUUUAAAAAUGUUUGUCUGUGAUAAAAGGUCUGAGUUAACCGUCUUCAUUUAUCCACCAUCUUUGGUCGUGCUUUGAAUACAGAGCAUGGAAAUAUUGCCACAAGCAAUGCCCCGAGUGACGAGUGCGCACAGCACUGUACCAUGGCAACUUUGAUAGGAUUCUUCUAUGAUUCUAACUAACGGAAUAUUUAGGCAAAGCGCUCAUCUGUGGAUACAUUAUAUGAAGAACUUUUCUUAUUAUUUGCUUGUAGAAAUACAUUUCCCUUGUUUUCAGUCGUUUGAGAAGUCUACGCCUAGGAUAACUCUAUGUCUUGCUACCCAGACGUGAAUGGCGCCUGAGCCCAACUCUUCUCCAGUGUGUGUGUGUGUGUGUGUGUGUCAGUGCAGACACACACACCCUCUCCCUCGUCAGUCUCAGUUAUCAGAUAUUUCUACCCUGCCUGGUCCGGAACCCUGCCAGCCAAGCGGAUAAUGGCCCUACUUUCUCUCCAGUUACCCCUCAGAGUGUAAGGAGCCGAGACCACGUCACACACACACACACACACACACACACACACACACACACACACACACACACACACACACACACACACACACACACACACACACACACACACACACACACACACACACACACACACACACUUCCCUGACAGCUCUGCUUUUGUUUCUGGGUGAUGACAUCAUGACCGGGGCGUUACUGAACGGGGGAAAUGCGGCAGACACACAAACUCCUCGAUUCUCGCUCCUCUGAAGCCCGAAGUCUUCAAACACCAUCGCUAGAGAUGGAGGCAGCUUCAGUCCACAAAGCUUCCUGUGUUUGGAUUUAUAUUAACAGUUAUCAGCCGUACUCCCACAACCCUUCCCAGCCUCGGUGCCUCUAGAGGGGCCCAUCGACCCAGGAUGCAGGGGGACUCUGGUCCGGCCCAGCCCCAGCCACGAUGCCCAUCACCCAGGAGAACGCCCUGAGCCACAUCCAUCUACUGGAGGACUGGCUCCUGGUGGCCCAGACAAGGUACGAGGACCACUAUGGAGACCCAGACCAGCAGUCCACCACCAGCAGAGACCCAGACCAGCAGUCCACCACCAGCAGAGACCCAGACCAGCAGUCCACCACCAGCAGAGACCCAGACCAGCAGUCCACCACCAGCAGAGACCCAGACCAGCAGUCCACCACCAGCAGAGACCCAGACCAGAACUCGUACCAGGAGUCAGAACACGAGGAGGAUGCCUGCAACACGGUCAGUGGCAACACGGUCAGUGGCAACACGGUCAGUGGCAACACGGUCAACAGCGGCGGCUGCAGAGGUACCAGCGGAGACAUGUCUCUAUGUCAGGCCGCUAUACAGAAACUGGUGGAAUACAUCCAGCUCAACUUCACAGAGGAAGGAGACAUCCAGAGUACCGCCCUCAGACCCACGACGCCGUGCGGAGCUGUGGACGCGGAGGUGCGAGCCGUCUGCCUCACCAAGCGAGAGGGGGACGAGGCAGAGCUGGGACUCAGUUUCGGUAACAUCCCGAUAUUCGGGGAUCCGGAGGGGGAGGACAGGAAGAAGGGAGGAAGGAGGAGGAGGAGGAGGAAGGGGGAUCAGGGACCCGUGUUGGACGUGGGCUGUAUCUGGGUAACGGAAGUGAGGAAGAGAAGUCCCGCGGCGAGGUGCGGUAGAAUCAAACUACGAGACGAGUUGCUGUCACUCAACGGUCAGCUGAUGGUGGGCGUCGACGUCACGGGAGCCAGUUAUCUGGCUGACCAGUGCUGGAAUGGCGGCUGCAUCUACCUGAUCAUGCUCCGGAGGAUCAAACGCAAAGCCCCUCUCCCUCCGUGCAAUGGAAACGGCAACAGUGGUGUAAUCCAAGAUGGCCGAAACUCCCUGGACCAUAGGAGCAGCGUGUUCUCCAAGCCUCCUGACAGCCUUCCGACGCAGACCGGUGGCAGCAAACGGACGCGAAAGUUUGGCAUCAUCGCCCGGUCGACGUUCAAUCGUGAUAGUAAAGAGCUGGGCCCUAAGAACGAGAGCUGGGACGAUGGCGGCGGGGAAACGCUGGAGAACGGUUACCGCGGCAACGGAGGCUCUGCGAUCUCCAUGGACAUGGAGGUCACGCCCCCAGAGCCUAGUAGCUGCACCCCUUCCAUGGACACGCCCCCAGAGGAGCAGCCAAGAGAACCAGGACCAGCGACAAUUCUGGCCCCUCUAGCGAUCCCACAUCACCUGCAGAAUGGGGGAGGAACCGCCACCCUGCCGAAUCGCUUCCACAGAGGACUGUCCGAACACAAGACAGAGUCCCUCAGCAGUGAUACCUCCAGUCAGGUAGGACAGACAGAGUCCCUCAGCAGUGAUACCUCCAGUCAGGUAGGACAGACAGAAUCCCUCAGCAGUGAUACCUCCAGUCAGGUAGGACAGACAGAAUCCCUCAGCAGUGAUACCUCCAGUCAGGUAAGACAGACAGAAUCCCUCAGCAGUGAUACCUCCAGUCAGGUAACACAGACAGAGUCCCUCAGCAGUGAUACCUCCAGUCAGGUAACACAGACAGAAUCCCUCAGCAGUGAUACCUCCAGUCAGGUAAAACAGACAGAAUCCCUCAGCAGUGAUACCUCCAGUCAGGUAACACAGACAGAAUCCCUCAGCAGUGAUACCUCCAGUCAGGUAACACAGACAGAAUCCCUCAGCAGUGAUACCUCCAGUCAGGUAACACAGACAGAGUCCCUCAGCAGUGAUACCUCCAGUCAGGUAGGACAGACAGAGUCCCUCAGCAGUGAUACCUCCAGUCAGGUAACACAGACAGAAUCCCCCAGCAGUGAUACCUCCAGUCAGGUAGGACAGACAGAAUCCCUCAGCAGUGAUACCUCCAGUCAGGUAGGACAGACAGAAUCCCCCAGCAGUGAUACCUCCAGUCAGGUAACACAGACAGAAUCCCUCAGCAGUGAUACCUCCAGUCAGGUAACACAGACAGAAUCCCUCAGCAGUGAUACCUCCAGUCAGGUAGGACAGACAGAGUCCCUCAGCAGUGAUACCUCCAGUCAGCCCAGAGAGGGGAGUCGUAUCUGGAAGAUGCACAUGGUGAAAGGUCAGGAGGGGCUGGGGAUCCAGAUUACGGGAGGACGAGGGUCCAAGCGCUCCCCGCACGGCAUCAUCAUAGCGCACGUGGAGGAGGGCGGCGCCACACAGAGGGACAGACGCCUGAAGGCCGGUGAUGAACUCCUGAUGAUCAACGGUCAGUCUCUGGUUGGCCUGUCUCAUUUGGAGGCUGUAGACAUCCUACGCUCUACCGCUGGACUGGUACAACUGGUCGUCGCUAGCAGGGAAGAGUCAGAAGUGGAUUUCCAGCGGUACCCGUCCACCAGCCUGCCAGACCUGGUCAGUACCUGCGCCUCGUCUUCUUCUUCCUCUGCUUCUCCCAGCGACAAUCAGGAGAACAUGGAACCUCAUCACAGGCACGGAGGUUGGGAGGACCUGACAGCCAGCAGCCUCAGCCUCUCUCGUUCUCAACCUACCACGCUGACUGAUCUGGAGAAGCUAGAGGACCGAGGCCGGGUGGAGGGACCGAAAGAAACCUGCCGCUCUCCUACAUCCAUGAAGUUCAGGAGCAGAUCACAAGGGGGCGGUAAUCGUCUGGAGUCUGUUGGAGAGGAUGACGAGCUGAUCGUGGAGAAUGGAGAGGCGGGGAGUGACAUGGUGGAGAAACCGACACUAGGUGGACGCAAACACUCCCUGCCUCAGCAGUUAGACACUGUGGGCAUCCGACAGGAGUAUCAGAUAGUUAAGAAAUCAGCUCGCUCCCUGAGCACCGUUCAAGUGGAGUCUCCAUGGCGACUGGCCCAGCCGUCUAUUAUAUCCAACAUAGUCCUCAUGAAAGGACAGGGCAAGGGACUGGGGUUCAGCAUCGUCGGUGGUCAGGACUCUGCCCGAGGAAGGAUGGGGAUCUUUGUCAAGACUAUCUUCUCUAACGGAGCAGCGGUCGCAGACGGAAGACUGAAAGAGGGAGAUGAGAUUCUGGAGGUGAAUGGAGACUCUCUCCAGGGCCUGACCCACCAGCAGGCCAUCCAGACCUUCAAGCAGCUGAAGAAGGGUGUGGUGACUCUAACAGUACGGACACGUCUCCGCAGCCCCAGCCUGACGCCGUGCCCCACCCCCACCCUUCUCAGCCGCUCCUCUUCCCCGAACUCCAACGCCAGCGGGGGCAACCCCACCCCAGUACCCCCCACCUUCGACGAACCCCCAGAAACCCGCAAGGGACCCCCAGGUCCUGGCCCCAAGGACCGCAUCAUCAUGGAGGUUACACUCAACAAAGAGCCCGGGGUGGGUCUGGGUAUAGGGACCUGCUGUCUAACUCUAGAGAACAGUCCUCCAGCCAUCUAUAUCCACAGUCUGGCCCCUGGCUCUGUCGCCAAGAUGGAUGGACGACUCAGUCGAGGGGACCAGGUCUUGGAGGUGGACUCUGUGAGUCUACGCCAUGCGGCCCUGAGUGAGGCCUAUGCUAUUCUCAGUGAGUGUGGACCCGGACCUGUCAGCCUAAUCAUCAGCAGACACCCCAACCCCAAGGUUUCAGAGCAGGAGAUGGAUGAUGUAAUCACUAGGUCUUCACACAGAGACAGCCUGAGUAAGGACGGACACGCCUCUCAAACUCUAGGCAUGCACUCUAAGAGCCCCUCCCUCACAGUGAAGGCCAAACAGGCAGAUGGCUCUUCCCUCAGCUGGACCAUGAAAAGAUUCCUGGAGCCCGCCAGCAGGCAAGGGUCUCUGAGUUCAGAGGCGGAGCUAUCUCAGUACUUUUCCCAGGAAGUAACCAGUCAUUCGUCGCUGUCGGAAACCAAUGCGAUGGGAUCCAGUGAUGACGACAUGCUCCACCACAGGAGCUGUAACACCUCAAUAGACGACACCCCCGCCACUCAGCCACAUGGGUUAAAAGAUGCCUCCUGUGUGGGAGCGGAGGUCAGAACGGAUGAUAAGGCCCCCGGUGUCCCGGUGUUGAACCGGCCAGUGAAGACCGCCCAGCGCCAGCCCACCACGUGUAGUCCCGGUAACGGCUCCGUCCGCAGUCCCCUGCUCCGACAGAGACGAGUCAUCUGCUAUGACGAUGAGGUCAGCGAUGAUGAAGAUGCUGUUACCCUGCCCUUCUGCCAGGUCGCUGGUCAUGUCACCACCAUGGGGGUGGUUACUGACUCUGGCAUCAUGAUCUCAACUCAAUCAGUGGAGUUGGACGAGGAGAGUGAAGGACCACCUAUCCUGCUUCAUAGUAUCUCUCUGGACUCAGAGGAAGGGGUCGGUUUCGUUCCUUCCUCCGGCGCCGAAUCACCCUUCAUGCCUAUCCGCCGGUCGGACCACCACCAGACCCCCGGGGCAGGAGGAGGGUCUUUCCUCACGACAGGAACCAGUAACCUGGGUGUGAGGAUGGACCCUCAGGGCCCCCUGGAACCCAAGCACUCCCCUAAGCUGGAACACAAGGCUGUGACCCGCGUCAAGAGUAUGCUGAGCAUCGAGGCCCCACCCAUCCAGCCAACCAAUCAGCAGAACCAGAACCAGAGACCCAAAGGAGAGGAGUCUCCAAUGUCCCCAUCGUUCCAGCCUCUGAUCCCUGAGCCUGGUGGGGUAGCCUCCAGCCGCUCCCUGGGACGGCCAGGGUCUAACCCCAACCCCCUCUGUAAGAAGGGCGAGGCCUGCGGCGAGCUGGCGGAGGUCUGCACCAUCGACAAGGUGGUCCUGAGGAGGAGUGAGGAGGAGUCCUUCGGUCUGGACCUGGAGAUCAGAUCCUCUCCUCUGAAGGUGGUGAUCACUGGACUGAGGCAUGGAGGAGCGGCCGAGAGGGAAUCCCAGGGCAGGAUGUGUGUUGGGGACGAGAUCGUGUCGAUUGGGGACACACAAAUGUGCUCCUCGUCCUAUCACGACAUCUGUGAGCUCAUGCACAAUCUCCCUGUGACCCUCACGCUAGAGGUCAAGAGGCCCAUGUCAGGUGAGUCUAUGUCAGCUGUAGAUCGCCUGUCCAGCCUCAUGAUGUCAUCGGGGAGUUGUGAUGUCACGGGACCCUCCAGACUUCCCCAGGAAGCCAAUGGGAGGGCUCCAAAUCCAGGAAGUCCCUCCUCCUCACCGACCAAUCACAAUCCCAAACCCACAACCCUAAUCAACCACAGCAAUGAUAUACCGGUCACCUACAUUGAUGACGUCAUAACCAAACUAAGCUCCUCCGAUGUAAAGAGCGCCCUCUCUUCCAAUACCAUCAAAGCCCCUUCAGAAGCACAACAUACAGAGACUAUGGCCUGUAAGUCAGCUGUAGACAGCAAGGCCCUGCCAGAGAAUGAGAAAAGCACAGUUCAGACUCCUCCAACAUUGCCCAGUCAGUUAGAUUUCUCUGUCUUGGACUCUGGAAAGAAAUGCUGCCUCAUGCCUGUGGGUAAAACAUUCUUGAACAAUUACUCCAGAAACUUUAGCAGUAAUCUCACAGAUGAGGGAAUUAAUGCUCUUUCAAACAGGGUGGAGAGACCCCCCAGUGCCUCUGCUGCCGAUUCGAACUGCAACAUGUACGACAUGGUUGGCGACAGUGAUUCGGAGAGCGAAGACACUGCCACCGACAACAGCCGUGGCGCUGCCGGCGAUAACAAACCGGCGAGCUGCAGUGUCGGCGCUGGGCCCCAGAACACGGAUUCUGAUGAGGAAGAAGUAGAGAUUUGUUACAGUGAGGCCCAGCGACCCAGCACUCUGAGUCAGGCAGCGCUGACUCACCUAACAGAUGGGCCAUUGUCUCCACAGCUCCCUAUCUCUAUCUCUGGCUCUGACGGCAGCCACAGUACAAAGGAGACUGGGCCCUUUGAUGUAGCACUAGACUCUGCUUCUUCCUCCUCCUCCUCCACUGUCGCUACUGCUUCAGCGGUCUCCCAGCAAAACGAAGACUGCUCUGUUGUAACAACCCAAUCCAACCCCAAUCAGAAAGCAUUCCCCUCACUGUCUCGGGGUCUGCCUGCCUCUGGCUCUCAAUCCUCAGCUGCCUGUCUGGCUGUGGAGGCCAAAGGUUCCCCUUGCCAAGUAAUGCCCCGCCAGUCUUCCAAGGACACAGAUUCUGUGCUCACUACAAACCCUGCAGGGCCUUCAGAAUGUGGUGUCAACAGGGUUUGUGACACUGUUAUAACACAUCCAAUAAAACCCAGCCAUGCUCCUUCAUUAAGCGUCUGCAGUACCCCCAUUGCGGCGGCUAGCCGCAACUUCGCGCAACAGAGUCAGGAGUGGUCAGCCCGACUCCGUACAAACGUUUCACCGGCUGCGGCUUUAGGGAAACUAUCUAACACACAAUCGUCAUCAUUUCACUCAGCGGUGGGAGAGGCAAAUCCCUCCAACUGUAGCAAUGUCUGGUCAGGCGCAUCUAAACCAUUGUCAACAUCGCUAACAACAAGAGACAGUGAGAAAGAGAAAGUUCCCUCAUCAACUUCGCUAACAACAAGAGACAGUGAGAGAAAGAAAGUUCCCUCAUCAAUAUCGCUAACAGCAAGAGACAGGGAGAGAGAGAAAGUUUCAACAUCGCUAACAACGAGAGACAGGGAGAGAGCGAAAGUUCCUUCGUCAACUUCGCUAACAACAAAGGACAGUGAGAUAGAGAAAGUUCCCUCAUCAACAUCGCUAACAACAAGAGACAGGGAGAGAGAGAAAGUUCCCUCAUCAACAUCGCUAACAACAAGGGACAGUGAGAUAGAGAAAGUUCCCUCAUCAAUAUCGCUAACAACAAGAGACGGGGAGAGAGAGAAAGUUCCCUCAUCAACAUCGCUAACAACAAGGGACAGUGAGAUAGAGAAAGUUCCCUCAUCAAUAUCGCUAACAACAAGGGACAGUGAGAUAGAGAAAGUUCCCUCAUCAAUAUCGCUAACAACAAGAGACAGGGAGAGAGAGAAAGUUCCCUCAUCAACAUCGCUAACAACAAGAGACAGUGAGAGAGAGAAAGUUUCCUCAUCAAUAUCGCUAACAACAAGAGACAGGGAGAGAGAGAAAGUUCCCUCGUCAACAUCACUAACAACAAGAGACAGGGAGAGAGAGAAAGUUCCCUUAACAUCCCUGGACCUCAGGUUGGUCCAGAAUAACCCUACUAGUCCCUCUCUCAGGACGUCCGGUUUCAAAUCAGUCAACAACACUUCAACAGACAGUCCUCUAUCCAGCAGUAGCAGCAGGCUCAGAGUCAGUGACAAAGUCCAGAAGACCAGCAGCACUGCACCCAAAAUGAAGGGGCUCAACAUCAAAAGUAAAACCAAACCCCAGGAGCAGCUUUCCCCAAAACCAGCCAGAGCAGAAAGUUUGUCGGUUCUGAGGAAAGCCAACAACACUUCUCCGCUCCAGUCCCCCAAACUGCAAGCCAAGAAGGUGGGCUCCCCCCUGCAAACCAGGAAUGUGGAUUCCCCUCUGCUUACCAGGAAGGCAGCCGUAAACAGCAGCCUAAAGAGUAAACAGCAAGACCGGAGCAGCAGUAGCCCUGCCACGCCGGGAACAGACGGAGGCCAGGACAACCCCACCACCACUACUACGCCAGAACCAAUCAGCCAAUCACAAUCAGCUACCAAGAUGAAGGUAGAGGAGCACCGUCUACACAAAGAGGUGGAGCAAGGGAUUUUGGCGGUGGCCAAGUCAAAAGAACGACCAGAGCCAGUCCCGAUUACCCAGAGGACCUUCAUCGAGGUGCAACUCUCAUCUUCUACUCUUUCUCCCUCCUCCUCGCCUACACCAGUUCUGGCACCAAAGGAAACUGUGAAUUCAAAGGAUUACUCAAUUACUCAUACCACAAAUAUUACUCAACACAAGGAUCAAGUCAAUGGAAGUCCAGUAGAGACUAGUCUAUGGCCAGGAACCCUUGCAACCCCUGGCUCGGUGUGUAAUCUUGAAAAGGUCAACGACACUACCAGUAAUUCAGCAGUGAACUCAAUAGUCCUAGAAUCCGUAGAUGGGGUUCCUUUGCCUAUGGGCAAUGGUCCCAUAGACAUCUCUCACAUGAACUGUAGUAUAACAGAGACGGAUGAAACUGAGAGCCUCAAAGCCAACAAGUCCAAACUGAAGGCGAUGGAGCGUCGUAGUUUCUCCACAGACAACAACGUCUCAGGGGAUCCCAACCCUUUCUCCGUCCGCCAGCGGAUCAAGUCAUUUGAGAACCUGGCCAGCUUCGACAAGCCAGUGCUCAAAUGCAUCGACAUCCAGUCCUUUGCUCAGUCCUAUGCUCUGACAGCAACGUUGAAGCCGCCUCUCAACCGGAGACUGUCUGGCUACAUAUCUGGAUCCGUGAGCUCCGUAGACUGUCGCUCGCUACGAAGGAGCUUCAGUUCGUGCAUCGACAACCUCAACACAUUAACCCCGUUGACCCCAAUGUCGCCUCAGCUUCGCAAGUCACCGUCGAGCCUGACCCUCACAAACUUUGACCUGUUGACGCAAAGCUGUAGCACUAGCGAAGCUCCCCUCGGACAAAACCAGGACAAACUUGCAGGUGGAGAAAGUCCCAGAAUCUCCCCAGGAGUCGUAACCCUAACCCCUCAGACACCUCCGGUGAUGCGGAGUCGCCAGGCCCGAGGCCAUGCCAACCUGUCCAGGUCUAGACUGAGGGAGCUCAGGGCCCUUAGCAUGCCCGACCUGGACAAGCUCUGCACCGAUGACUUCUCCAGUGACCCAGGGACCAACGCUACCAUUAAGACGGAGCUGGAGAUACACCCAGCCAGGCUCACAGAGGUCGUUCAGAACCAGACAGGGAGCUGUUCCCCGCCUGCUAAGCCCACCGGGGUGCACCCGACCAGGGCCAGCUGGGCGGACGCUGGGGCCAGCCUGGACCCCAUCCAGAGGAAAACCAACUGGCAACAGACAGAUAUCCAGAACUGGUCCAUCAGUUUGACAGUGCUGGCUGGCUCUCCGGUGGAGCAGAGUAAGCUACAGGCGGUCCUGGCCUCCGUGACCACCAAGACCGAUGUGUUGGCCCUGCUACAGGAGGCCAAGGCUCUCUCUGAGGAUAAAGAUGAUACCCACUUUGUAGUCUUCUCUAAAGAAGAGGGAUCUGGACUUGGUUUCAGCAUCGCUGGUGGAAUGGACCUUGAGCAGAAGUCCAUAACUGUCCAUCGGGUGUUCUCUAAAGGCGUGGCCAGCCUGGAAGGUACCAUUCAACGGGGGGACAGUGUCCUGUCCAUCAACGGCAGCAGCUUGGAGGGGAUGUCCCACGUAGAAGCCGUGUCCUGUCUCCACCAGGCUAGACUAUCCAGUCAGGCCCUGGUGGUUAUUUCGCAAGGGGAAGGACAGUGAAGGACAGAUGUCCCCGAGACAACAUAACCUGUCCCACCACACCGGAAGAAGCUACUCCCUGGGGUGCAGAGAGAACAGGCCUGAGACAACUAGAUCUGUUAUGGGACUUGGAGUAGUGGUGGAGGUGGGUCCUGACGGGGCUCUGAGGGUGGAGCUGCUGAAGACGUCAGCUGGUCUGGGCUUCAGUCUGGAGGGGGGCAAAGCCUCGGCACACGGAGACCUACCCCUCAACGUUAAACGAGUCUUCAAAGGUGGUGCUGCGGAGCUGUCGAGGGUGGUGGACGUGGGAGACGAGGUACUGGAGGUCAACGGACGCUCGCUGCAGGGCCUCAUGCAUUAUGACGCCUGG